AUUUCGUCCACCUGAAGUCCGCUGUACCGGCAGGUGCAGGAUUCGCGGGCGGUUGAGUGGGGUGCACCCAAGGUGUUGGAGGGUGGCCCCAAGGAGGUGGAUGGUGUGGAGGGGGUUGCUGUGGUGGUAUAUUCCACAUGGGAGGGGCGGCAGGAGUAGCAUAAGGAGGAAAUUGACCCCAACCAGGCGGCGGGCCAUAUGGUCCAGGAGGAAGAGGUUGCUGAAAUGCACUAUAACCCGUGCCUGGCUGGGACCACGCAGGCAUUUGCUGAGGAGGGGCAUAAGGCGUGUUUGCCAAGUUGGGGUAUCCAGUGUAGUCGUGAGACAGGCCCUGGGCCAAGCCUGCACCAGGAGUGCCGUGCAUGUUGGGGAGCAUACUGGGAGCAGGAAAGUAUGAGCCUGGUGGUUCUGUAGGGAGUACAGCGGGAGUAGGAUAGCCACUUGGCGGCAUUGAAGGAAUGAAUGGCGUUCCAUUAUAAGGUGUCGACGGAUACGCUGGAUAAUUUGCCUGUGAACGCGUCCCAUGGGCCCACGGUGGAGGCUCCCCCCGAGGUGUGGGAAUUUGUGGGGGUAUAUUCAUGCUGUCCGGUGAGGGCAGUGGAGGUACGAAGGGGCUGGACUGGGACUGGGAUCGAGGUGAGCGCCCAAACAUUAUUGUAGGUAUAUCAGGGGACGGGUUCGAUGUGGAAGAUGAUUGGUUAACUGAAAUCGGUAUCUGUGAGUCCUAUGUCAAACGGUUAUGAAGAAAAAGGUGACUC